CGCGCAACGCUCGCGGAUGAGAGAAAGCAGCUGGAGCGCAUUCACUAUGGACCAGCAACGCCGCUGCGCGCUCUAACCGCGACGCUCCACAUUUAUUCCACCUGGACACCUCUCCAAACGCACAGGUUAUGCCACCCCGCAGGCUGACUGGAAAUCCAGCCGUAAAAGAGAAGGGCUGAUCCCAGACCCCCCCGUGCUCCCGCUGCUGCGCCUCUCCCUGUCCCCAUGGCGACAGGAGGCCAUGCCCCCGAGACAGAUGUGUUAAUCAACCUGCAUCAGGUUUUGUCAGAGGAAGAGAGAUCCCCAGCAGGUCAAGAUGAUGAGGAAUGGGAGAAGGCCUUGUCCGUGGAGAGGUUUGGGGACAUCAUUACCGAGUCGGCCAUCAAUGGCGGAGAUAAAAUGGGCCGCAGCUACAACGAGAAAGACUUUGAGUAUCACAGGCAUACGUUCCACCACACCCAUCAUCCCCUGUCCACCCACCUCCCCCCGCAGCGUUUCCGCAAGAGGGUGCUCAGUAUGGACCGCAGGCGAAAGAAAAAGAGGAAGAAAAAGAAGACGUCCAUUCCUCCAUCAGACGUCACACCCACAAUUCAUGAGGUCGAUGAAGAGGAGGCGGAGUCUGAGGCAGAGGGGCAGUGCCAAUCAGCCACGCCCACUGAGCCAUCUGAAGAGCUGCCACAGUUCAGUUUGGGAAGUGAGGAAGAUCUGGCGGCCGACCUCCCUCUCACCAGCUUCCAUAUGGAGAGCGAGAGACCCCCCAGCAGUGAAGAGACCCCACCCAGCCCGGCCGGAAUGGAGGAGCAGGAGGAAACGCACGAACCGCCGGACAGAGAAGCGAAAGAGCUUUCAAACAGGUUUAACCCAUCUCCAGAACCUGCCAGUAUGACAACACGAGGCUGGUUUCGCCGGAAGCCCGUCCACCGGCCGGCUGGAGCCCAGCGGACCAGCUACGACCUGCGAGAACGCAUCUGCAUUGGCAGCAUGACCGCCAUAGAGACGGCCGUCUACCAGAAGGUUCCAACUGAUGAGGCCGAGGCUCAGAUGUUGGCCAGCGCUGAUCUGGAUGACAUGAAGAGUCACCGUUUUGAGGACAAUCCUGGGGUUAGACGGCACCUGGUUAAGAAAUCAUCACGUUGUCAAGUUCCCCGAAUGAGCAACAGUUCUCCACCUCUGUCCAGUCUGAAGAGAAGAAAGAGGAUGGAGAAAAAACCCCAUGAGGUGUUUGUGGAGCUCAAUGAGCUGAUCAUGGACAAAAACCAGCAGAUGCGUUGGAAGGAGACGGCACGUUGGAUCAAGUUUGAGGAGGAUGUGGAGGAGGAAACGGAUCGCUGGGGUAAACCGCACGUGGCCUCCCUGUCCUUCCGGAGCCUGCUGGAGCUCCGCAGGACCAUCACACAUGGUGCCAUCAUGCUGGACCUGGAUCAGACCACACUGCCUGGCAUCGCCCACCUGCUGGUGGAAACCAUGAUCAUCUCGGACCAGAUCAGAGCUGAAGAUCGAGCCAACGUGCUGAGAGCCCUGCUGCUCAAACACAGUCACCCCAACGACGAGAAAGAAGGCCUUUUCCAUCGGAACCAUUCCGUCACCAGUCUGGGCGGCUUCCGUCACAACCACAAUCAUGUUCAUGACACAAGCCUGCCUCUGGUGUCUCAGGACCACGCGGAGAUGCACGACAGCAAAGCGGCAGAACAUGACAAAGAGAAAAACCUCCACCCAGUUCCAGCUGAGUCUCACGCCGCUGCCAGAUCUCUAAAACUCCUGGCAAAGAUUCCCAAGGAUGCCGAGGCCACCGUGGUCUUAGUGGGUUGCGUGGAGUUCCUGGAGAAGCCUGCGAUGGCGUUUGUCCGGCUGAACGAAGCCGUCCUGCUGGAGUCUGUUCUGGAAGUCCCCGUCCCGGUUCGAUUCAUCUUUGUGCUGCUGGGUCCCACGCAGACCAACAUGGACUACCACGAGAUUGGACGCUCCUUCUCCACCCUCAUGUCUGAUAAGAACUUUCAUGAGGUGGCUUACUUUGCUGAUGACCGGCAGGACCUGCUCAAUGGCAUCAAUGAGUUCUUAGACUGCAGUAUUGUGAUUCCACCCUCAGACGUCGAGGGAAAAGACCUGCUGAAGACCGUGGCUUCCUUCCAGAAACAGAUGCUUCGCAAACGCAGAGAGAGAGAGCAUAAAAAAGGCGGCAGUACUGUGACGGGAAAUGAGCAGGAGACAAAAGAUGUGAGUACAGACGAACAAACGGAGGAGGACCAGUUUGACGUCGACCCUCUCAAGCGCUCUGGGAUUCCAUUUGGCGGUCUGAUCCACGACAUCCGGAGACGUUACCCGCGCUACAUAAGUGACCUGAAGGACGCCGUGGACACACAAUGCAUCGCUGCUAUCAUUUUUAUUUAUUUCGCUGCUCUUUCGCCCACCAUCACAUUUGGAGGCUUAUUAGGUGAGAAAACGCAAGGCAUGAUGGGAGUCUCUGAGCUCAUCAUCUCCACGGCAACUGUGGGAGUCCUGUUUUCCUUGCUGGCGGGGCAGCCGUUACUCAUUAUUGGCUUUUCUGGACCCCUUUUGGUCUUUGAGGAAGCUUUUUAUAAGUUCUGCCAGGCGCAGGGCUUUGAGUAUCUCACGGGCCGAGUGUGGAUCGGGUUCUGGCUCAUCUUUAUAGUUCUGGUGAUAGUGGCGGCUGAGGGGAGCUUCCUCGUGCGCUACAUCUCCCCUUUCACGCAGGAGAUCUUUGCCUUUCUCAUCUCCCUCAUUUUUAUCUCUGAAACCUUCUCCAAGCUCAUAAAGGUCUUUCAAGAACACCCUCUGCAGAAAAGCUAUCCCACGACUUCCAUAUUGAAUGCCUUCACACCCAGAAUCUCUUCUUCGGAGGUCGAUGUGUUUGAGGAGCCCAUUCUCAACCAGCCCAACACGGCCCUGCUGUCACUGGUGCUCAUGAUGGGAACCUUCUUUGUGGCCUUCUUUCUCAGAAAGUUCAGGAAUAGCAGGUUCCUCGGUGGAAAGGCCAGAAGAAUCAUUGGAGAUUUUGGGAUCCCAAUCUCUAUCCUGAUCUCUGUUGUUGUGGAUAUCUCCAUCCCUGACACAUACACGCAGAAGCUGAACGUCCCCUCUGGAUUCUCGGUCACGUCUCCGGACAAGCGUGGCUGGUUUAUUAGCCCGUUCGGAGAUAAACAGCCUUUCCCCAUCUGGAUGAUGGGCGCCUCGGUGAUACCGGCCCUGCUUGUUUUUAUCCUCAUUUUUAUGGAGACUCAGAUCACAACCCUGAUGGUGAGCAAGAAGGAGCGGCGUUUGGUGAAGGGUUCAGGCUUUCAUUUGGACCUUCUGCUCAUCGUGAUUUUAGGAGCUUUCUGUCCGCUGUUCGGUCUGCCCUGGCUUACCGCCGCUACCGUACGCUCCGUGACUCACGUGAAUGCUCUGACGGUCAUGAGUAAAGCUACGGCCCCUGGAGAAAAGCCCAUGAUCCAGGAGGUCAAAGAGCAAAGGGUGACCGGAAUGUGCGUGGCUGUACUAGUGGGUUUGUCUAUAGUUAUGACUGAUGUGCUGCGUCACAUUCCUCUGGCUGUGCUGUUUGGUAUAUUUCUGUACAUGGGCGUCACGUCUCUUACUGGUAUCCAGCUUUAUGAGAGAAUCACGCUGAUGGUCACGCCUGCUAAACAUCAUCCUGACCACACCUUUGUCACCAAGGUGAAGACGUGGCGUAUGAACAUGUUCACCAUCAUUCAGUUGCUGUGCAUCGUCCUGCUGUGGGUGGUGAAGUCGACUGUAGCGUCUCUGGCCUUUCCCUUCAUCCUGAUCAUGACCGUCCCUCUGAGAAGACUCAUCCUGACCAGAAUCUUUGAGGAGAGAGAGCUCGCCGCGCUGGAUGCUGAUGAAGACACGCCUAAUUUCGAUGAAGAUGGUCGUGAUGAAUACAAUGAAAUCCACAUGCUCGUCUAGACACAGAACAGCUCAACUCCUCGAUGACACGGGCCACC